AUGCCUGCUGCGCUGAAGUCAUCCCUGGAUGGGAGCAUGACUGACUCAGGGGAGUUGGAGCAGACGGCACCUACCUGCUUCGGAAAGGUCCCCCGUGACCUUCUCCGAAACUUUCCUCAUACUAAACGUGUGGGUAGCUACCUUGUGGGCAAAAUGAUCAACAAGGGCUCAUUCGCCAAGGUUAUGAUGGGCAUGCACAUCAGCACAGGGGAGAAGGUGGCUAUCAAGGUGAUAGAUAAGAAGAAGGCUCGUCAGGAUUCAUACGUUUUAAAGAACAUGAAGCGCGAACCGAGGAUUCACCAGCUGAUCCGGCACCCGAACAUCGUCUUGCUCUUGGAGACGCUGGAGACUGAGAACUGCUACUACAUGGCUAUGGAGCUGUGCGGUGGAGGAGAUCUGAUGGACCGCAUCUGUGACCGUAAGAGGCUGGAGGAGAGAGAGGUGCGCAGAUACACCCGCCAGAUACUGUCUGCAGUGGAACACCUGCACAAACACGGGAUAGUUCAUAGGGAUCUUAAGAUUGAGAACUUCCUACUAGACGAGCACAACAACAUUAAGAUCGUUGAUUUUGGUUUGAGUAACACCUAUAAGUCAGAUUCCCUCUCUUUGGAUCUGCUAAACACUCAGUGUGGAAGUCCGGCUUAUGCUGCACCUGAAUUAUUGGCCCAUAGGAAAUACGGCCCUAAAGUGGAUGUGUGGUCUGUGGGUGUCAGUAUGUUUGCCAUGUUGACGGGCACAUUGCCAUUUACUGUAGAGCCCUUCAACAUCAAGCAACUUCAUCAGAGAAUGGUGAAUGGAGAAAUCAGUGCUAUACCAUCAGACAUCAGCAAAGAUUAA